AUGGGGAAAAAUAAAAGUGACAAGGCCCUUACUCAUGAGGAAAUAUGGGAUGAUUCGGCUCUGGUGCAAUCAUGGGAUGAUGCGGUUGAGGAAUACAAGCUAUAUCACAGCAUUCACGCAAAAGGCGAGAACGUUGAUGAUGUGUUGAAAGCAGCGGAGGUGGCAGCUGCCAAGGAAUCACAAGAUGAUACUGUGGCCGAUGCUGGUACACUUGACAACCCAAGCAUACAAGACGUCGGCGAUGAUGACGCCAUUAAAGCUGAAAGCGAGGAUGUCUCGGAUCAAACAACAUUGCCUUCCACAACGCAGAAGCAGCCUACGGGUUCGCAAAUACCUUCGGUCGAUGAUACGCCAGCUGCCGCCGGCCAAAGUUUAGGCCCUGGACCCAUGCCGAUGCCUGGCGCUGGAUUCCCCAACGUCCAAGACGAUGGUCUAAGAAAUCUGAUGAUGGCCUGGUAUUUUGCGGGAUACUACACUGGUCUAUACGAAGGCCAACACCAAAGCAGUCAGUCAGAACGCUAA